CGAGGUGCCAUCUGUUCACCUCAAGUCACCUUGCCCCGAAGCCACCUAGGGUAGUAACUUAAUAACAUACAACGUGUCUAGUAAGAAGUAAGAAGGGCUAUAUUGAUUUAUUAUCGCAAUGGCGUCGACACAGCGAUUCUCAGGAUACCCGCUUGCUAGGGAAGGCCCCAAAACAGCAUACGUGCCAGCACAGGAUAAGAAUCCUCCCCUUAGAGGCUGGUCUUUGGUUAUCGCGGCCAAACUUGUCACAUAUUUUCCGUCCGUGGCUAAGGCUACCUGGGGAAAUGCCAAGUUUGGUUGCGUCAAAGAUAUACCACGUCUAAAUGAGUACGACUGGCGUCUUCAACCCAUUGUCACACCGCUUAUAGCCGAUGGCGUCGUUCAGAGCAAGGCCGAAAUCACGCCCGAUCUUUAUGAACGACAGCCGGAUGAUCUAGCCGGCCGUUUUUAUUCCGCUGCUGAUUAUCAUGAGCUCUUCAAAUCCGGGAAAUUGACACCACUGCAAGUAGCAAAAGCCCUAAUCCCGCUCAUAACCAGAGGCCAGGAUCCCCCGGCCAAGUAUGAGUCGGCCUGGUCUGUUACAAGAGAAGAUCUUGUACUGGAAGCAGCUAAGAAGUCGACGGAACGUUAUGCUGCUGGCCAGCCUUUAAGUGUUCUCGAUGGAGUACCGAUAGGAGUCAAGGAUGACACGGAUGUCGAAGGAUAUAUAUCCCAUAUGGGGCGGCCUUUCGAUCCGUCCGAUCCCUUCUUUAAACCGGCGACGAGCACAAUCUGGCCAGUCGCACAACUAGAAGCUGCCGGUGCUAUCGUCAUUGGCAAGCAGGUAAUGCACGAGCUCGGUUCAGAUGUUAGUGGGUGCAAUCCGCGAUGGGGGACGCCCAUAAAUUGGAACAACCCAUUGUACUAUCCAGGCGGCUCGUCAUCUGGCGGAGGGUCGGCCAUCUCCUCCGGGUUAGUCCCUAUCUCUAUUGGUACCGAUGCAGGAGGGAGUGUCCGCAUUCCGGCCUCAUUCAACGGCGCGUACGGAUUGAAACCUACCUUGCAUCGUGCUUACACAAUGAAGUCCUCUAUCUGUGUCAUAGGCCCCUUAGCAGCGACAGCAAAUGACUUAGCUAUUGCGUAUCGUAUUAUGACGGCGCCUAACCCCGAAGAUCCAAUACAGGGCUCUUUCGCGUUGUCAAUUCCGCCGAGCCCUUCUGCGAAGAAAACAAUUGGCAUUUAUCGUGACUGGUUCGACCAAGCUUCUCCUGGUGUCCUUAACGUCACUAGGAAAGCAAUUGCACAUUUUACGGAUAAACUGGGUUACGAAGUUGUUGAUAUUAGUAUCCCCUAUGUACAAGAGGCCCAGUAUGCUCACAGCGCAUGGGCGCUUACCGAGGGCAUUGACCACCACAAUUCACACGCUGUAGACCCAGCGCGUCCGCUCACAGGUCUCAACAACUGCAAUCAGCUUCUAAUGGCCGUCGGCGCGUGCACGUCGGGCACUGAUAUGAUCAAAUAUGGUCAAUUGAGAGGGUUACUCAUGGAGCAUCUCGCAUUUUUAUGGAAGAAGCAUCCGGGUAUGUUGAUAAUCACGCCGACGGCACCCGAAGCUGGAUGGUUGAUCCACCCUGGCGACCAGGCGUACGGAUUUAGCGACGGCAAUGUAACAAUCCGCAACAUGAUGUAUAUCUGGCUGGCGAAUUCGACAGGCUGCCCCGCGGUCAGUGCGCCCGUUGGUUACGUCGACCCUGAGCAAGGUGAUGGCAAGCUACCGGUCGGCCUUAUGGCGAUGGGUGAGUGGGGCGCGGAAGAGCAGCUUUUGGCUUGGGCAAAGGAGGCAGAGACGUAUGUAAAUGGAGCUUACGAAGGUGGCCGCUACAGACCACAGGAGUGGGCCAACGUUGUCAAAAUUGCCAGGACUAUAGAUUGAUGUCUCUAGACUUGAGUGACAUGGGAGGAAUUAUGAUAUCGGUUGUAUCUCUAACUUUUCAUGGUCAAAACUCUUAGAAAACUUACGCAAAGAUGUUCUUAAAAGGUUAACUUAUAGAUUAGGUACUUAUCGAAUUAUUGCGCAAUUAUAGGUUCACUAGGAAAUUAGUUCAUCAUAAUAGGCGUUUGAGUUCUAUGUUAUAAUGAGGCACGUUAUUAAGGCUUUCAAGUAAAAACUCAUUUUCGUAACUCCGCUGCGUGUCAUGCAUUAGGUACUGAAGGGUACAGCUUGUUAUUGGCCCGGACAUUCUCUAUUAUACAUACCUCCGCGUUAAAGGAAAAUAUGUGAUGUCCUUAGAGCUACAUUCCGACCCGCUGGCUGUUAUGUUUAUGCAAGGCGGCUACGGAAUGUAACGGACCGUAUAGUGGAUUAGGCUUGCGGACGUCAUCAUCCUCGAUCGGGAUGAGGGUUAGCUACGCGCUCUUCGAUAUUGGCAUCCGGAAGAGGAAGGUGUUAAGAAAAUUGUCUUUCUGUACCUCAGUAGACACGAUACCAC